GGGGGGGACCUUUGUCUGUGUGUGGCGAAGGCGAUGGAUACCCUGACGGGAGCCCUGUUCCAGCGGCCGCCCCUCAUCGCCGCCGUCAAGCGGCAGCUGCGUGUGCGCACCAUCUACGAGAGCAAGAUGAUCGAGUACGACCCCGAGCGACGCCUCGGUAUCUUCUGGGUGAGCUGUGAGGCGGGCACGUAUAUCCGCACGCUGUGUGUGCACAUGGGCCUCCUGCUGGGGGUCGGCGGGCAGAUGCAGGAGCUGCGUCGAGUUCGCUCCGGAGUGCUCAGCGAGAAGGACAACCUGGUGACGAUGCACGACGUGCUGGACGCGCAGUGGCAGUACGACCACAACAAGGAGGAGUCGUACCUGCGCAGGGCCAUCUUCCCCCUGGAGAAGCUCCUGGUCUCACACAAGAGGAUCGUCAUGAAGGACAGCGCUGUGAACGCCGUGUGCUACGGGGCCAAGGUGAUGCUGCCGGGCGUGCUGCGCUACGAGGACGGCAUCGAGGUGAACCAGGACGUGGUGGUCAUCACCACCAAGGGAGAGGCCAUCUGUGUGGCCAGCGCUCUGAUGACCACGGCGGUGAUGUCCACGUGCAGCCACGGCGUGGUGGCCAAGAUCAAGCGCGUCAUCAUGGAGCGCGACACCUACCCACGCAAGUGGGGCCUGGGCCCCAAGGCGAGUAAGAAGAAGCUGCUGAUCAAGCAGGGCCUGCUGGACCCACACGGCAAAGCCAACGACAAGACGCCCAGCGACUGGAAGGAGACUUACGAAGACUACGGUGCCGGCCGGCGUGGUCCGUCGAAGAAAUCUGCGGCAGCCGCCCCCCCCACCGCUGCUGCUGCUGCUGCGGGGGAUGGGGAGGAGGAGGGGAAGCCUCCGGCUAAGAGGAAGCGCGCCGGCGACAGCGACGGGGAGGCCCGGCAGGCGCCGUCGUCGCCCGGCACCGACGACGGCGCCGCCGCCGGCAAGACGAAGAAGAAGAAGGAGAAGCUGGAGAAGAGGAAGAAGCUCCGGGGGAGUGGCGGCGACAGCGACGAUGGCGCCGCAGCAGAAGCGGCGGCGCCGUCGUCGCUGAAGAAGAAGGACAAGAAGAAGAAGAAGAUGAAGGAGGAGGAGGAGGAGGCUAUGGAGGCCUCGGCAGGGACGGCCGAGGAGGAGGUUGGUGACGAGGAGGCGGCGACGAAGAAGAAGCGGAAGAAGGUGAAGAAGGUGAAGCAGGAGGAGGAGUCUGAGUGACGUCAUCACGGGGGGGGGUGACGGGGGGGGGCACCACCCACCACCGCAUCUCCCCCAGUGCACACACGCACUGAUGUGUGUGCGCUGGGGGUGUGUGUCCGUGUGUGUAGACGUGUGUGUGUCGGCGUGUGUGUGUGUGUGUCGGCGUGUGUGUGUGUGUCGGCGUGUGUGUGUGUGUCCGUGUGUGUCGGCGUGUGUGUCCGUGUGUGUCGGCGUGUGUGUCCGUGUGUGUGUGUGUCCGUGUGUGUGUGUGUCCGUGUGUGUGUGUCCGUGUGUGUGUGUGUGUGUCCGUGUGUGUGUGUCUGUGUCCGUGUGUGUGUCGGCGUGUGUGUCCGUGUGUGUGUGUGUCCGUGUGUGUGUGUGUCCGUGUGUGUGUGUGUGUGUCCGUGUGUGUGUGUCCGUGUGUGUGUGUCCGUGCGUGUGUGUGUGUGUCCGUGUGUGUGUCGGCGUGUGUGUCCGUGUGUGUUCGUGUGUGUGUGUGUGUCCGUGUGUGUCCGUGUGUGUGUGGUGGGGAGCGGUAGUGCAGCCACAGAGACUCCAGUUUAAUUCCGUCUCACGGGCAGCAGCAGCAGCAGUGACAGCGAUUAUCCGAACCGGUCCUGGACCUCCUCCCCUAGGUCGACUCAGCCUCAAAUGAAUUCUUGGUGCAGUGUGUAGUGAACAUCGCCACUGGGGGAGACAAAGGCGGCCGGGCGUGGUGCUGUCCACCCCCCCACCCACCCCCCUUGUGCCGCCACAGUGCCAGCUGCUGCUGCUGCUACGUCAGCACUUGGCCAAACAGUCUUGUUGAAGACGACACGGGGGGGGGGGGGGGGGACA